AACCAGUGAGACCGCAACACCGGCGUGAGCUCCGCAUCCCCCUCAUUGUGCGGGAGAAGACGUGCGUUGGAAGUGCGCUCCUCCAGCAGGCAUGUCGGGCUCGACUUCCCCACCUCCCGCGGUGGAGGCUACGGGGACGGAGGGCUGCUCUCCCCCGGGAUACAAGCCUUUUAAACCCGAGGAGCACGGCUUGGAGCGCGCGUUCCGUCUCACAGCCUACUCCGACCUGAAGGGAUGAGGCUGCAAGGUCCCGCAGGAGGCUCUGCUCAAACUCCUGGCGGGACUGGAGACGGACCGGGCCGACGGGACGGGGAAGCCGGGGGACCAGCCUCCGGAGUUCGGCCAGCAGCAGCUGGCUGGCCCGCGGCUCGGUGUGGGGAUGGACUGCUGUGUGAUCCCUCUGAGACAUGGAGGACUGUCCCUGGUCCAGACCACAGACUUCUUCUACCCUCUGGUGGAAGAUCCCUACAUGAUGGGCAGGAUAGCGUGUGCGAACGUCCUCAGUGAUCUCUACGCCAUGGGCAUCACAGAGUGCGACAACAUGCUGAUGCUGCUCAGCGUCAGCCAGAAGAUGAAUGAGAAGGACCGCGAGCUGGUGAUGCCUCUGAUGAUUCGAGGCUUUCGCGACGCAGCCGAGGAGGGCGGGACGUCUGUGACGGGCGGCCAGACUGUCAUCAACCCCUGGAUCAUUGUAGGAGGGGUCGCAUCGGUGGUCUGUCAGCCCAGCGAAUUCAUCAUGCCCGACGGCGCCGUGCCGGGAGACGUCCUGGUUCUCACCAAACCUCUGGGGACUCAGGUGGCCGUCAACGCUCACCAGUGGCUCGAGCAGCCUGAAAGGUGGAACAAGAUCAAGCUCGUCGUCACCAAAGAGGAAGUGAAAGAGGCCUAUCAGGAAGCCAUGUUCUCCAUGGCAACACUAAACCGCACAGCGGCGGGCCUCAUGCACAAGUUCCAGGCCCACGCCGCCACCGACGUGACGGGUUUCGGCUUGUUGGGACACGCCAAUAAUCUGGCAGCGCAGCAACGCAACGAGGUGGCCUUCGUCAUUCACAACCUGCCAAUCAUCGCCAAGAUGACGGCGAUCAGCAAAGCCUGCGGGAACAUGUUCAACCUGGUUCAGGGCACCUCGGCAGAGACCUCUGGCGGGCUGCUGGUGUGUCUGCCCCGAGAGCAGGCCGCCAAGUUCUGCUCCGAGAUGAAGAGCCAGAGCUCGGCCGCGGGAGGCCAGGGCGCGGUGGGCGGGGCCUGGAUCAUCGGCAUCGUGGAGAAGGGAGACCGCCGCGCCCGCAUCAUCGACAAGCCGCGCAUCAUCGAGGUCCCGCCCCGAGGCAGCCAGGCAGCCAAUCAGGACAACAGCGCCACCAGCCUCGACCCCAACUCCCAUCCGUCAUAGAGCGUGUGCGUGCACGUGUGUGUGUGUGUGUGUGUGUGUGUGUGUGUGUGUCUCAGAUCUCUGUGAGAGAAACAGACUUAAUUUUCUGUGUGUUAAAAAUCAUGUCUUGAGCUGAGAUUUAUUCACACACUCGGUUUUCUUUCCUCACACACACACACACACACACCUCGCUCUGCGGCGCCUGUCUGAAUAGAAAGACAUUUGGGGGAAGCCCGGUGAGGUUUCUUGGUGAAGAUGAAACAUUCAGAAUCAUUCCUGUUUUAAGUGUGUGUGACUGGUUUGAUUUGCUAUUCUGUGUUUUGUGCGUUGCUUUUGUCAGGGUUUUUUUUUUUUUGUUUUGUUUUUUCAUGGAUGGUGUUGCUGUCAUGUUGGUGAAUGUAAGUGCUUCCUGGCUCCGCCCACAGCGCUCAGAGGGAAGGCUUGAGCAGCUUCCCUUUGGGCCGGGCUGGCCGGUGCUCAGGAUGUAACCCCACCCCCCCCCGCCUCCUGUUACAGCUUGAUUGGCCCUCUGAUGCUAAGUCCCGCCCACCUUUCCUAACUCAUGAAGCGCUGCCCAUUAAACCCCAAACCCAGCGGGCCGGGCCGUGUGGAUGUACGCCUUCGGAUCGGGGGCGUCGGACUCCGAGCAUCGGAGGUCCCAAGCUGUCUGUGUUUGUAGAGUUCUUGCUUUUCACAAUCAAUAAAAUCAUGAAUAACUUGGA